UGCCCGCCUCCUUCGCGAAAGAAUUCUCUUGUGGUCGUCAUGGCUUCAGGGGUUCUCUGCACGGCUGUGCUGCUGGCGUGGCUGGCCACGGGCGCGGCCGCCUCGCUGGCGCCCAGGCCGUACUACGACAGCUACGACUACGACUACGACUACACGUACCGCCAGCCCGCUCGCUACGUCUACCGCCGUCCACUCUACGCUCACUCCUUCAGCUCCGUCUACAGAUACCCGUACGCGUCGCAGCCGUACCUUCCAACAGACUAUCCGAGGUACUAUGGGCGCUAUGAUGGACUGAGAGACUACGACUAUGGUGUUUACGGUGGCUAUGGGCCCUACGGUGUCUAUGGUGGUUAUGAUGGAUAUGGUGGGUACGGUGGCUACCGUGGCUAUGGUGGCUAUGGUAGAUAUUACUUGUGA